UGUUUUCUUUUGCUCUUGAUGUUUUGGUGUUGCUUACUUUCAUGUUUUUUGUAUUUUUUUUAUGUAUUAUGUUGUAAUGUAAAGUAUUGUAUGGUACUAUGCUUUUUUUCCAUGUAUGAUUUUGUUUUAGUUUGUCUGUUUUGUCUUGUGUUUUCUGUUUUGUCAUUUUUUUUGUGUUAUAAGAUGUUUCUUUGUAGUUUUUUGUUUUCUAUUAUGCGGCUACCAUGUUAUUGUGAUGUAAUUUAUUGUUAGAUUUUUCCAUGUUUUUUGUUUUCUUUUGCUCUUGAUGUUUUGGUGUUGCUUACUUUCAUGUUUUUUGUAUUUUUUUAUGUAUUAUGUUGUAAUGUAUAGUAUUGUAUGGUACUAUGCUUUUUUUCCAUGUAUGAUUUUGUUUUAGUUUGUUUUUCUAGGUUCUUAAGGAAUCAAGUGACGAGGAAAGGGAGAAAGCUGAAGAGAUGAUGAAGUACUAGGCAUCACUUCCCCUGCUCCUUUGAUUUUGGUUCGCAUCAUUGUAAUGUCUAUCGUGAUUUUUGACUUUAUGAUUUGUUUUAGUUUUGUUCCAUGUAUGCUUACUUAUUUUUUGUUAUGUUUUGCUCAUCCUAUGUGGUCUAAUAUUACAAUGACUUUAUGAAGUUGUUGUGUUUCUGUUCUCUGUAACUAGACACAAGAGAGAUUGUUCAUCUUAUAUGCUGAAUUGUUAUGUUCAUCCUAUGUGGUCUAAUAUGUCUGUUAUCCCAAUGAAUCAGGAUUUCCAGGAGAACAGGCUGUUGAUGUCAUUUGUUAAUUUCCAUGAGCAAGAGAAGAUCUCUAAAGAAAUCGUAACACACGCUAUAGAAAGCUGCAUGAAGAAACAAGCAGAUAACCUGUUGAAUUCACUGGACGUUAUCAGCGGUAGGUUGUCACAGUUGGAGUUAUACUGCUAUAUACUGGAAAGGUCCAUUGGAGAAUUACGAAGUGACGUGAUGGAUUAUCAUAACGAAGCAAAUCUGAACUUCCGGUGCGUUGAAAAGCAAGUGAAAGAGGUUCAGAAAUCUGUGCAGGCUGUUCAGGAAAAGCAGGAGCUUGCUGAAACUCAGAAAGAACUGACCAAACUUCAGAUAGUACAUGAGGAUUCUGCACAAAAGAGUGAAGGUACUGCUCCAUCAGUUUUCAUGAAUAGGGAAAAUGAGGUUGCCCUUGUGCCAUUGCACCAAGUAAAUGUUGUUCAGUCACCUCCUCUGCAAUUCCAAAGUUGCAGUGGCCUUAUUCUACAGCAACUGGUACCAGUCCAAGACCAGCAGCGCUCAAACCAAACUGCUCUGUACUGUAUGCGAGGCCAAAGCCAUCUGGAGCACAGACAGGCCCAAAUGUUCGAAGCUGCUGGUCAAUCUCUACAGACACACACUCGGAAAACUCAGCCACCUACAGUAGUUGAGGUAUCUCAGGUAACCAGUCAGGCACCAGAGUUCUACCCUCAUCCGCAGCACCAAUGGCAACAUCAGAUCGGCCAGCAGGUUUUGUCACAGGCAGAUCGGCCAGCAGAUUUUUUUGCCUUGUACUUGUGUUUUUGCUCUGGUCGUUUUCAGCUUAGUCAGAGGAUGUUCAGAUCAUGCAGAUAGAGUUCUUGGAGGCGG